CAGCUCCACUUCCGGAGCCAGCGUCUCAGUGAGCUCAAACAUCCCGAGACAAUUAACCAAUAUAAUGUACAUAAUAAACCCUCACUCUUGUUUCAGAUGACCUCAAAGAUCCCCAUCCCCAUUCACUUAGAGGAUACAUCCCGUACCAUGAACACCAGAGUCCUUCUCCAGGGCUUGUGCCUGGAGGGCCGGGUCCUUCAAUUGAAAUUCUUUUAUGCUGCAGAGAGCCUGCCGGGAAAGAACUAGAGAAGGCGAAAAGAGUGGGUGGCUGCAGGAGGCAGGGCCAUCAUCCCAAGAGCCUGGACCCUGAGGGUUCCAGUGUGAGGAUUCCUUUUGGCGUCUCUCCUUUCUGGUUGCUGCUUCUGCUUGGAGCUGCCCGGCAAGCACUGUGGCAGAAUGUGCGGCAAGUUCCUGAGGCAGCUGUUGGCUAAGGAGAGCCAGCAUUCCACCCCCGUGGGGCGCUUCCUGCUUCCGGUGCUCGUGGGAUGCCGCAUCCUGCUUCUGGUUUCCAGUGGACCUGGGGUUUUUGGUGAUGAUGAGAACGAGUUCAUGUGCCAUUUAGGGCAGCCAGGCUGCAAGACCACUUGCUAUGACAUCUUCCGCCCCCUUUCUCCAUUGCGCUUCUGGGCCUUCCAAGUCAUCCUGAUGGCUGUACCCAGUGUCCUUUACGUGGGUUUCACUCUGUAUCAUGUGAUUGGAUACUGGGAGGAGCCAGAAACAGAAAACAAGGAACAAGAGACACGGAUUUGCAAGGGCGACCAUAGCAAGGAUGUCUCAGGGGCUGGAAGCCUCAAGCUUCUCUGGGCCUAUGUGGCACAGCUUGGGUCGCGGCUGGUCCUUGAGGGAGCAGCCUUGGGAGUUCAGUACCACCUGUAUGGCUUCAAGAUGCCCAGCACAUUCAUAUGUCGUGAGGACCCAUGCAUCGGCAGCACAACCUGUUUCCAGUCUCACCCGUCUGAGAAGACCAUUCUCCUCAACACCAUGUUUGGAAUCAGUGGGGCCUGUCUCUUGUUCACUUCCUUGGAGCUUAUGCUUUUGGGUUUAGGGCGGUUUUGGAGGAUGUACAAGCACAAACUUUCCUUUUUAAAGAACUUGCGAACCUCAAAGAGCUCCGUAAGAUGCAAGGACCCAGCUGAUGACUUGUCCGUGGUGGAGACAAAGGAGCCAUUUUGAGAAGCAGAGUUCUAAAGUUACCUGACUUGCCUGCCGAAAACCCUGUGCCUGGAUCUUCCUACACACAUCCAGUGAGAUGGUUGGUGAGACAGUACAGUGGGUAAAGGCGCUUGCCACCAAACCUCAUGAUCUGAAACCCAUCUCCAG